UACAAGCUCGACAUUGGAUCCGCUCACGCCGCACAACUCGAUGCCCUCGCCUUUGAGGGCGCGACGAAGAAGAAUCGACCAAUGCUCAAUAUUGGAUCAUUGGUUUAUGCUAGAGUGACAUUAGCGAACAAAGAUAUGGAACCCGAACUCGAAUGUGUUGAUCCCACCACAGGAAAGAGCGCUGGCUUCGGCGAGUUGAAGGAGGGAUAUGUCAUGACCGCCUCGCUCUCAUUGUGUAGACGGCUCUUGAUGCCAAGCCCACCCGUGCUCUUGGCGUUAGCGGGACAAGUCGCGUUCGAGAUCGCGGUGGGUGUUAAUGGACGGAUAUGGGUGAAGAGUGCGGAUGUGGCGACGACGAUUGCGGUUGUGGAGGCGGUUAGGCGGAGUGAGUUCUUGAGGGAGAGUGAGGUUGGGAGGAUGGUGAAGGAGGUUUUGACGGGGGUUGGGGAGAGGGCACAGCAUGAGUAA